UAGUUGAGUUAAGUAUGAUCCAUCACACCAAUUCGAGGAUUAUAACAUAACUACAGGAUAACUUAAUGAUAACGUUAAGGAUAACUUCGGUCAUCCGUCACACGACUGAAUAAAAAAAAAUAUAAUAAAAUACAAUGUUAAAAACUUUAAUAAUAUUAGCAACUUUAAUAUAUUAUAUUAUAGUAUAUUAUGAAUCAGUAGAAUCGAUUAUAUUUAAAUUUGGUAAAUUAUAACUACUCCACUCGACUAGCGCUCCAGCGCACCACCACACAACUCGAAACACAAGUACGCAAAUACGGUUGCGUGAAGCGUGGCUCGAAGUCGUGGAAUUUACGAGACUAGCUCGGUGUGUAGAUCGUGUGUUGGAAUGUUGGUGGAUGUAAACGUAAACAAAACAAAACUGAAAUUUGGUACACAAAGUACACAAAUCAAAUUUGAUAACAUGGAAGUAAAACAAGAAACUAAUGAGGAAACUUGUAAAAUAGAAAUAGAUAAUGAAGAGUUUGAUGGUGAUGGUACUGAUGGUACCUUGGAUGACUUCAACAUUGAAAUUAAGGUAGAACCCAAGAGAGAACCUGUCUACAAGGCAUUUGAUUAUUUAGACUUUCCUGAAGACACUAAAGUAGAAGAAGAUGAGUAUAAAUUUAAUAUUUGUGAAGAAACCCAAACAACAAAUGAAGAAAGUAAAAAUGAGAUUAAAACGAAAUCUCGAAAAUCUUUGGUAACACACAAUGAAGAAAAGGCUUACAAGUGUGAUAUUUGUUUUAAGCAAUUUAGUCGAGAUGGAGAUUUGAAAAGACAUUUAAGGAUACACACUGGAGAAAAGCCUUAUAAAUGUGACAUUUGUUCUAAGCAAUUUACUCAAGAUGUGCAUUUAAAAGGUCAUUUAAACGUACAUACUGGAGAAAAGCCUUAUAAGUGCGAAAUCUGUUUUAAGCAAUUUGGGAAAGCAGGAGACUUGAAAAGACAUUUAAGGAUACACACUGGAGAAAAGCCUUACAAGUGUGAAAUUUGUUUUAAGCAAUUUGGAGAAGCUGCAAGUUUGAAACAGCAUUUACGAAUACACACUGGAGAAAAACCUUAUACGUGUCCAAUUUGUUCUAAACAAUUUAGUCAAUAUGUAACUUUAAAAAAACAUUUUAUAUUGCACACUGGAGAAAAGCCUUACAAGUGCGAAAUUUGUGCUAAGCAAUUUAGUCGAGAUGACAAUUUUAAAAGGCAUUUCAGGAUACAUACUGGAGAAAAGACUUACAAGUGCGGCAUUUGUUUUAAACAAUUUAGUGAAGCAGAAAGUUUGAAAAAGCAUUUGAGAGUACACACUAGAGAAAAGCCUUACAAGUGCAAAAUUUGUUUUAAGCGAUUUAGUGAAGCAGGAAUUUUGAAAAUGCAUUUAAUAAUACACACUGGAGAAAAGCCGUAGAAGUGUAAAUUGGUUUUGAACACUAUUCGCUAUGUGUAAGUACUUGGAGGGGAUACGAGAAACGAUUGUGCGCGAAUUGCGGAGAAAUUUUAUUUAAACUGUCUUAGCAUAUUACUUAAAUAAUUCAUAUUGUCAAUUGAAAUUGUCAUACAUAUUGAUAUAUUUUAUACUCACUGUUAUUAUGAAAUCGGGCAUUAAUAUUGCUCCACAAUAUUGCUAUGAUAUGCAAUUAUUAAAGUGAAUUUAAUUAAUUGUAGGUAUUUUACUUGUAAUACUGCAUUUUAAUAAUUAAUUUUAUUUACUACAUACAAUUGUUUACCUUUUAAUAACAUAACCUUAUUCUUACUUUGUCUUCUU